AUGCGACAAGGCUUUGGCGAUAGCAACAAGGAAUACGUCGACGACUUUCGGGCGUUCUUCGCUAACCUCUACAACCGCGGUCUUCUACUUACUCUAAACAGUAGACCUUGCAAUAUGCAGACGAAGGAGGCCAUUGUAUACAGUACUAUGGAAUGCCACGGUGAGUAUCACUGUGGUCCUCUGAAUGACGCGGACGACGGAGCUUACAUGGCUCCGAACAAUACCAACUCGGUCGGUCUGGUAUUCUCUCAUAUCAGUGCGAAUGAAGACAGAGUUUGCGAGUCAUGCAAACCGUGCGAGAAGCGUCAGAAGACGCAGGGCAUUAGCCCCGACUCGGACCUCAAGACAGAGCUCUUGGACGUGGCGGAGAUCCAGCGAUUGAACGACAGCGACGUGUUCGCUUCCCUAGGUCCAGUCCCGACCGAGCACAUCACGGGCACUCGCUUCGACGUGUGCUGCCUCCGCCCUAGCUUCCACUUCCGCCACAUUGCGCGACGCAAACGCAAGAGUGAGAUUUUUGGUGACUUGAAGAAGAUCGAAGUGACCGUUGGGGUUGCUCAGCACAAAGUGACUGUUGGGGUCCUUCUAGGUUUCUGGGACCAGCGGGAGUUCGAGGCGCGAGGAUCAAGAAUAGCAAAGCAUAUACCAUGA